CAUGAUCCAUUCCUCGUUCGAUGUUCUAAAGCUAUUAAAAAGAAGUCCGUGGUAGAGGAAGGUAAGUUGCGCAAUGAGAGAAAAUGUCGUUCCAUCAAUUUAAUCCAUUCACUGGUCGUUUAAAACCAGCUACACAAAGUCAAGCAUUUUACCCAUUAGCACCCAGUAAGUUACAAAUAGCAGAUCCAAUCAUGGUUAGUGAGUCGAAACCUAAGUCAGUACAUAGCUCUAAUGUAAAAAUGGCUAAAGCAAGCUCUAGAAUUGCUGAAAUUCAAAAAAAGUUCCAGGCUGACCUGUCAAAACCUUCAUUUCUCUUGGCUGGUACCAGAGAUGUAAUAAUAUAUCGUGGUUGUAUCGCACUAACUACAUUGAGCUUUCUUGCAAACAUGUAUUACAUGGUUCAACUUCACAAGAAGUUCUAAUAAAAAUAAAUAAAUACAUAAUCGUCAUAUAGACAUUUAUAGAGAAAUACAUAGCGUAUAAAUUACAUUGUUACUUCAAUGAUGUGAACUCACUAUUAUAAUUAAAUCAUUAAAA